AUGCUUUCCUCAAUUGGAUCGUACCUUUGGAGCAGCCCCGAGAGUUCAGUUGAAAGUCCACUUUCUGAAGUAACGUUCACCAUUAAUGGGAAAACUUAUACAGCCAACGCUCAGAACGUUCCAGUGGACACGUCUUUGAAUACGUUCAUCCGAAACCAUGCCCAUCUUUCUGGGACUAAGUUUAUGUGUCUGGAAGGUGGAUGUGGCACUUGUGUCGUGAACGUGUCCGGACUACAUCCCGUUACCAAGGAAAAUAAAUCUUGGUCCGUCAACUCGUGCCUCUUUCCUGUAUUCGCUUGCCAUGGCUUGGACAUCAAAACGGUCGAAGCACUCGGUAACCGAUUGGACGGCUAUCAUCCGAUACAGGAACGUUUGGCCCAUAUGAACGGUAGCCAGUGUGGGUACUGCUCACCCGGCAUGGUUAUGACGAUGUACAGCUUGAUGGAAUCGAAGCAAGGAAACGUCUCGAUGGAAGAGGUUGAAAAUCACCUUGGUGGCAAUAUCUGUCGCUGCACGGGUUAUCGGCCAAUUCUCGACGCCUUUAAGUCUCUUGCCUCGGUAACGGAACAGGCAAUGCCGGACAUUGAGGAACUUCAGAUCUGUCCCAAAACGAAUACCGUCUGCUCGGCCCAGUGUCCCCAGGCUGCUAAUAUGAUCGUGCCGGGAUGUCCGGUACAGCUGAUGGCUAGCGACGACAAGGAGUGGCACAAGGUGUACACUGUUGCGGAAAUAUUUACCAUCUUUAGCAAGAUCGACAAAAAACCUUACAUGCUUGUUGGAGGAAACACAGCGCAUGGUGUCUAUCGACGCAGCAACUCCUUGCAGGUCUUCAUCGACAUCAACUCGGUGGAAGAGUUGCGCAAUUAUUUCCUGCGCACAGGAGAGCUUGUUGUGGGUGCAAAUGUUACAAUUACCGAGUUUAUUGAAAUACUAAACAAGACGGCUAACAAUCGACCGAACUUCAGAUACUGCAGAGAGAUGGCCCGUCAUCUGGGUCUCAUUGCAAAUCCUGCGGUGCGCAAUGCUGGUACGGUGGCAGGCAAUUUGAGCAUCAAAAACAAAUACCCCCAAUUUCCGUCCGAUCUUUACAUUCUGCUGGAAGCGGCCGGUGCUAAAGUGAUCAUAGCUGAAUCAUUAACCAAGAUCCUGGAGAAAUCGCCUGAGGACUACGCACAAACGGACAUGACAAAGAGAUUGAUUAAAGUUUUAUCGCUUCCGCUCAUCAAUUCCUUUACAACCGUGUACAAAUCGUUCCGAGUGAUCCCACGGGCUCAAAAUGCUCAUGCCUACGUGAAUGCAGCUUUUCUGGUGCAGUUCGAUAAAGAUAAAUCUACCGUCAAGUUGGCUACACUGUGUUUCGGUGGCAUCAACCCUAAGUUUACGCACGCCUCCCGCACGGAAAAGCUCCUUGUUGGUAAAAAGCUCUUUGACAACAACACCAUCCAGCAAGCGAUCAACAGUCUUGCUUCGGAGAUACAACCCGACUGGGUCCUGCCGGACGCAUCAGUCGACUAUCGUAAAAACCUUGCCAUUGCGCUCUUUUACAAAUUUAUUCUCAGUGUCGCGACUGACUACAGUGUGCCUGUUAAUCCUCGGUUCAAGUCCGGAUACUCUAUGAUCGAACGACCGCUAUCGUCUGGACAGCAGACCUACGAUACGAAUAAGAAAAAUUGGCCUGUAACGCAGUACGUCCCCAAGCUCGAAGGCUUACGUCAGGUAUCCGGUGAGGCAAAGUAUGCAAAUGAUUUUCCACCCUUUCCCGGCGAGCUUUACGGGGCGUUUGUCGUUGCAACACAGCCAAAUGCAACGAUCGGAAAGAUUGAUCCGACGGAGGCUUUGAAACUGCCCGGUGUAGCAGCAUUUUUCUCCGCGAAAGAUAUCCCCGGAACGAACAACUUCAUGUCCGGUAACAUGAACUUCUUCUUCCCGGACGUGGAGGAGAUCUUUUGCAGUGGACGUGUACUGUUCCAUGGUCAACCGGUCGGGAUGAUCGUGGCGGACCAUUUCGAUCAAGCAAUACGAGCGGCUAAGGAAGUGAAGAUCAUCUACGAACGAGUGUCCGAUGAGCCAGUCUACCCUACAAUUAAAGCUGUUCUUAUGAAUCAAUCAAAAGAGCGCUUUUUCGAUCAACCGCCCAAUAGUCGUGAAGGCCCAGAGACAGAUCUUGAAGUUUCCCAACAGAUUGUAGGUACGCUGGAGCUAGCAGGACAAUUCCACUUUACGAUGGAGCCUCAAACGUGCGUGUGCGUCCCGAUUGAAGAUGGGUUGGAUAUUUACGCUGCUUCGCAAUGGAUCGAUUUGCCCCAGGUAACGGUUGCUGCCGCCCUAAAAGUGCCACAAAAUAGUCUUAACUUUACCGUACGUCGGAUCGGGGGAGGGUUCGGUUGUAAGCUGACGCGAGCAAGCCAAAUCAUCUGUGCCUGUGCCUUGGCAGCUCAUCUCACCAAACGUCCGGUACGAUUCGUCAUGAACAUCGAGGCUAAUAUGGGUUCAAUCGGCAAGAGAUACGGUUGCAUCAGCAACUAUCAGGUGGAUGUGGACGCGAAGGGCAAGAUUCUAAAGCUCACGAAUAACUUUAUGCAGGACUAUGGUUCGAAUCUGAACGAAAACGUAAUCGAUGACGCGAAGGUCGUGUUUAAGCUUUCGUACAACUCUGCCACCUGGAAAGUGGAGGGCAAAGCCGUACUAACCGAUGCGCCACCGAGCACUUGGAUGCGUGCACCGGGCACUACCGAAGCUAUUGCCAUGGUUGAAACGAUCAUGGAACACAUUGCCUGGGUUACCGGGGUUGAUCCGAUGCAGGUACGAUUGAGCAAUAUGCCGGCGGAAAGCAAGUUCCAGAAGCUGAUGCCACAGUUUCGACAGGACGUCGAGUUUGACAAGAGGAAAAAAGUUAUCGACGAUUUCAACGCCAAGAACCGUUGGCGUAAGCGAGGUAUCGCGAUGAUCCCGAUGCAGUACCCGCUGGUACACAUUGGUGCACUGCAUGCGCAGGUUUCGAUCUACGCAAAGGAUGGUACGGUAUCGAUCAGCCAUGGAGGAAUCGAAGUUGGCCAGGGUAUAAACACCAAGGCGGCCCAGGUAGCUGCCUUUACGUUGGGGAUACCACUGGAGAAAAUUUCUAUUAAACCUACCAACAGCUUGACCUCACCGAACGCCGUAAUGACCGGAGCUAGUAUGACCAGUGAGGUCGUAUGCUUGGCCGUAAAAAGAGCUUGCGAGAUUCUCAACACCCGUCUGCAGCCCGUCAAGAACGAGCUUAAAAAUGCCGCCUGGGAAAAGGUCACUCAAACCUGCUACAUGCGGGACAUCGAUCUGAGCGUACUGUAUCAGUACAAAAAGGCUGAUCUGAAGCCCUACAGCAUCUGGGGAUUGAGCUGUGCCGAGGUGGAAGUGGAUAUCCUUACCGGUACCAUACAACUUACCCGCGUCGAUAUUCUCGAAGAUACCGGCGAAAGCAUCAGUCCCGGUAUCGAUGUGGGCCAGAUCGAGGGCGCGUUUGUGAUGGGAAUCGGGUACUGGUUGACGGAGUCGCUUGUCUUCGAUAUGACCAACGGGGCACUGCUGACAAACCGCUCCUGGAACUAUAAGCCACCGGGAGCGAAGGACAUUCCGGUGGACUUCCGCAUUCGGCUCAUACAAACCGGUGACAAUCAGGGCGGUGUGCUGCGUUCGAAGGCGACGGGUGAACCUGCCAUGACGAUGACUGUCGUACUGUUGUUCGCACUGAGGUAUGCACUGCGAUCGGCACAAAAGGAUGCCGGGCGGCCGGAUAAUUGGAUUCCGCUCGGAUCGGCUUCGACUCCGGAGCAAAUAUUCCUUAAAGCAUCCAACAACUUUGAGCAGUAUAAGUUGAAUUAG